AUGCUGUAUCCGGCAGAGACUGCGGUGAAGUUGUCUGCGGUGGCCCUGCUUUCCAAGCAAGAAAACCCGGUCCCGAAGAAUCUAUUGAUCCGCCGUGACCAAAUUCACACGCUGCUAACUCGGUGCGACAACUGCCCGCUCGACUUUACCCAGAACAUGCACGUCUACCGGGCCCUGAUCAAUCGGGGGUUCGCGUGGUGCCCCGCCUUCGG